GGUAGUCUAAUUAGGAUUUCAAGGCAAAUUAACGUUGAAUGACAUUAGUUUCAAUUUGUCCAAAAAUAAAACUGCAACAGUUCUGGAGCUUUCUUCAUUUUAAUACACUUUAAUGGUCAGCUCUUGUUGUUCAUUGGUUGUCUCAUUUUCAUUCCAGGGAGUUCCCUCUGAAGCAGGGAGUGUCUGCAUACAAAAUGCUCUGCAGUUCUCUGCUUCAUAGAUGCCUCAUCCGACUCUUCUGCUAUGAACAUGGGAAGUCCUCGAACUGCUUUUCCCACCUCCUCCAGUUCAACCAUGCACUCCACAUCAGCUUCAGAAUGGAUUGCUGUAAAUGACAGCAGCACACCAGGAGAUUCAAACAGCCGAAGGAAAGCUGAGGUGUUGGAAGGCAAGGUCUCUAGCUGUAACAGGAUGUGUGGAGAAAAGGGUGGAGGAACCAGCCAGCAGACCCAACAGCAACACCAGAUGACACCCUCCAAACGGUCUGUCCUCAGCAUCUCACCUCCACCUGAAGACCUGCUUGAUGACAGCCGGAUGUCUUGCCAGGACGACCUUCUGCUGGACUCGGAACAGAGCAGCAGUAUCUGGAUGGAGAACUCUGUCUCUAAAUUCAGCAUCGUGAGCUCCAGCUCCUAUAAUGACAACACUGAAGUGCCCCGCAAGGCCCGCAAGUACACCCCUCGGCAGAAGCCUGGACCAAACCCGAUCCCAGCUGAAGAGGCCAACUUGGAUGUCUUCGAUGCAGAUAGUGCCAAAGGUCCACACUUUGUGCUUUCACAGCUUGGCCUAGACAGCAAGGUCUGCUCCAAAGCAAGUUCUGGUGGACCACAAUCAUCUUGUCACAAAGGUGGGAUACUGUCUGGUCAGUAUCCUCAGAAAAGUGAAGGGAAAGAAUUAAAGAUUCUGGUGCAGCCUGAGACUCAGCAUAGAGCCCGUUAUCUGACUGAGGGCAGCCGUGGGUCUGUGAAAGAUCAAACACAACAAGGCUUCCCUACUAUUAAGAUUGAUGGAGUGAAGGAGCAAGUGAUACUGCAGAUCUUUGUGGGCAAUGACGCUGGGCGUGCAAAGCCUCAUGGGUUCUACCAGGCCUGCAAAGUUACAGGCCGAAACACAACAGCCUGUAGAGAAGUAGACAUUGAAGGGACCACUGUUAUUGAAGUGCCUCUUGACCCCAGCAACAAUAUGACUCUGGCUGUAGACUGUGUGGGGAUCCUGAAGCUCAGGAAUGCUGAUGUGGAGGCCCGUAUCGGGGUGGCCGGAUCCAAGAAGAAGAGCACCCGUGCCAGGCUGGUGUUCCGAGUCAGCAUCCCACGUCCUGAUGGCUCUCUGCUCACGUUACAGACCUCAUCGUCCCCCAUACUGUGCACCCAGCCUGCAGGAGUACCUGAGAUACUCAAAAAGAGUUUACACAGCUGUUCAGUUACAGGGGGGAAUGAAGUCUUCAUUAUUGGAAAAAACUUUCUUAAAGGAACCAAGGUCAUUUUUCAGGAGAAUGCUUCAGAUGAUAAAUCCUGGAAAGCAGAGGCUGACAUUGACAUGGAGUUUUUCCAUCAGAACCACCUCAUUGUCAAAGUCCCUCCAUAUCAAAACCCAGCUAUCACAUCUCCUGUGUCUGUGUGUAUCUGUGUUGUGACAAAUGCUGGAUGUUCCCAUGAUAUGCAACCGUUUACAUACACUCCAGAGCCAGAUGUUGAUUUGUCUGUUAAGAAGGAAGUCUUGCCUCCAGUGACACCUUGUUGUUUUGAACAAAUCAAAGUAAUGGACAGUGCCUUGAUGGCCCCAGUUUUGCCUCUUGUUAAACGAGAAGAAGUCACUCCAAUGGAGGUCUCCAGUAACCCCUCGACCUUCAAGACCUCCGAUGUCAUCAAUUCAGCACAGAAGGCCUUAGAGAUGAGUACCGAGAUCUCCACCAAUAUUUGCACUUUUUCCAGUCCUCUGGCCCACCAAACGAGAGAACAGGAACCGUCACCUAACUCUGUCUUUUCCAACAAAGAGCCUUUCACCACUAUCCAAGAACAGGACCUUGCACCCAGCAGGUCUUUCCAUGUACCUAGUAAAUCUCUUCUUCAGCAAGGAGUCCAGCCAUUCAUUUUGGAACACAGAGACAGUCUUGGACAGGAGAGGUCUAGCAACACUAGCAUUUCAGUGGUGGGGCUCUCUCAAAUAGACAACAACCCUCAACAACAGCUUUCCCUUCUGCCUCCCGAUGAGGUGGCGCAACUGGAGCAGGCGGUACGGCAGCUGCAAGCAAAGGGAUUCUGCAACAUCCAACUCCAAUCUGAGAAUUCACUGUCAAAGCAGCGACACCAUCAACUUCAGCAGCAGCAACAGCAAAUCCAUCAACAGCAGCAUCAAAUCCACCAACAACAACAGCAAAUUCAACAGCAACAGCAGCAGAUACAGCACCAAGAGCAACAAAUUCAGCUGGUACAGCAGCAGCAAGUUCUGGAGAACCUUCAGCAUCAGCUCUUUCAGCCACAGGUUCAAAUUCAUUGUAGUUCAGAGCAGCAGAGCUCUUCACAUGGUAUGGUGCAGAAUGGGAGUUCUCUCUUCCAGCAGACACCACCACCACCACCACAACAACAACAACAACAACAACAGGCAGCUUUAUUUCACCAAGCCAAGGACCUCAUAUCCAUUCAAGCUGGCUUUCUUCAGCAGCAACCCAACCAUUCCUCACCUUCCCUUUUUCACAAUCCUACGGCCCUGGCUGAAGCCCAAAGCCCACAGGAGGCUCUUUUUCACACACAGAAGACCUCACACAACCAGGACCAGGUACAAGCUUCCCUUUUCCAAAGCAAUCUCUCUGUUCUCAGUGGAUCCAGUAUGUCCACAGAAGCUCAGCCUUCUCCUACUAGUUUGUUUCUUUCCCAGAACACAGUACCAGGUAAACUCCCAGUCAACGCCAGCCAGCCUCAGCAACUAGCUUUUCUCACUUCUAUGCAGACAUCUUCUCUAGAGGCCCCGUCUGUAUUCCAGGAUCCCAUCCAGCAAAGCACUCCAAUGGAGCAACAACAGUCCAAACCUGGUUCUCUAUUCCAGAGCAUAUCCCAAUCACCAAGCAAGCUCUCCUCUGGCCAGCAACAGCAGCCUGGUCUUCUCCUCAGUUCGUUAUCAUCUGCAGUGACACAAGACCAAACCUCCAAUCUGUUAUUCUGUGGCCAAGUCCAGAUGUCAUCGAUGAACAACAACACCCUAACUUCCCCAGAACCUCAAAACACCUCCCUACCCUUUACUGUCCGGCAGCAGGAGCCAUCUGAACCCAUGACGUUUCAGGAUCAGACUACGAUGGUGGUCAACCCGUCCUCAAAAAAGCCCUUGUUCAAGGACCAGCAACCCAUGCAGUUGGUGCCAAGUUCUGGUACCGACACUUCACAGUCUGUAAACCUCUUCAUGGCACAGUCCAAUUUGCCAGGGGGGAUGGCUUCUCAAGAAACACUUUUUGCACCACCAAAUGAUGUAGCUGGACUUCAGACCAGCACUUCCUCUCCAGUACAACAGCCUGGUCCCUUCUUUCAGACUACAAUGAGUGGAAGCCUCAACCAGCCCAACCAGAACCAGCAGCCCAAUCUCUUCCUCUUUGAGAUCCAUAAUGAGUGCCAUCAACUGAUGAACUCCCAAGGAACCUCGCUAUCUGAUCAGAUCAUUGCCAUCAAUCAGUCUGGUCAAAGUCAGCAAGAGAGCGAGGGGCAAAUCCAGUCUUUACUUGGGCAACCCAUGUCAGACCCUGGAAGUGUGCAGAACACCAUGACAACCUCUCAGAACAUGGAGAAGAUUGAUGACCUUCUGGUUAGCCUUCAGGAGCAAGGCAAUAACAUCUCCCAUUCGUAUUAGAGCCUUCAAGCUUUACCUUCUCAAUAGUUCCCUUCCAUAUAGGUUUAUUGAUAUUUCUUGCACGCAUAUUGAAUAUUUGGAUUUCUUAUAUAUUGGAUAUUGAAAAAAAAUAUAGAAUUUUGGAGAUAUUUUGCUCAUACCGAUCAUUAAAAACAACUAUUGACUCUUACAAAGUUCUCAGAGUAGGACAUUCACUUUUACUUAACUCUGCCCAUGAACUUUGAGAAACUAGUCGGCUGUUGACAGAUUUGGCAAAACCUGUUGUUGAAUCACAACUGGAUCUACAACUUAUCUACAAAUUCUCCUGCUAUUACACAUUGACAGCACUGAUUUUAGAGCAGGACACAUAUGGUGUGCAGUUAUGCUUUGUAGUGACACCACUGCAAAUAUGAACAUCAUUUCUGGAUUCCCCCCAUCUUUUUAAUUGAGUCUUGGGAUGUCUAUUUUAGCUGUGAACUUAACUUAUCAUAAAAUAUAGAAUGCCUGGUAUUGGCAUAUCUCAAUACAAGCAGUCUGCGGUGAGAUUUUUCAUAUCAGUUUUUUUAUAUAUAAAAACGCAUAAUGUUCUUUUCUGUCUCAGUACACUUGAGAAUCUAUUUAUAUGCUAUUUGUUUUUUGUUUUUUUGUUUGUUUUUUUAGAUUAGUCAAACUGCAAAAGAAAAUAUAUUUUAUGAAAAAAUUGUUUUGGCAUUUUCCUCCUAGCACUUUAUAUGCAGUAUGUUUUCAGUGUGGUUAGUUACUCCUGAUUUUACAUUUCGUCAAGUUUUUCUCAACUUUUGUUUACUUUAUACAUAAUUCUACUGUCUUUCAUCUGUUUACACAACUGUUUAUUUUAGAUAGUCAAUCAGAAAUGCACCUUCAUGGAUAAAACUCUGAAUCUGAAUCUAAAAUACAAAGAGCAUUUAUUUACUGUAACUUCUAGUAUUAACUUUUAAUUUAGGUUCAAUUAAGUAAUUUCUUGCUCAGUUAGCUUGUGUGGUUUCUGAUGUCUACAAUUGCAUGUCAGAGUGUCCUAUAUACAUGCAUUUGUGUGACAUAUAAUAUGUGUAUAAGUGUCUUUUUUUCUUCUAUUAAUUUUUAAAUAUUUGAAUAUGAUGUUCAAAUAAUUUUGUCAUUAUUUUAUUUGCCAGCGUCUGGAACGCUGUAACAGGGCAGAUUGCCUUUAUUGGCAAAUCAGAAGGGAGUGUCCAACCAGUAUUACAAAUAAGUUCUCUAAAUAUACUGGCAUGCAGUAUAUACACGUAUAUUGUAAAGGCUGGCAAAGCAACCCUUUAAAGAAGUAACCCUUUAUCUAUUUAAGCAGAAAUAUAGUUUGGAUCAAGCGUUUAACCUUGUCAUAACUUAGGGUACAAUGAGGCUAAAGGCCCUUGGGAAAAAGGCACUUUUGAUUUCAUUUACUCCCAAAGCACUAAACAGCAAUAAAACAAAAUACCACAGUACUUUUCUAAACACCUGUUUGUCUCUAUACACUGCAAAGUAUUCCUGAUCCAUGAGAUAACUGUGUGCAAUGUCGAAAGUUGAUUUUGAGGUAAUUGAUCUACUCUUUUAAUAGUUUUAAAAAUGUUGCAAAUUCAUGAAGGUAAUGAAAAUCCCUGAAAUUAUCACAUUUAUUUUAAGACGAAAGAUUAUUUGUUCAAGGUGAUUACCCUUUAAGCUCGGAUAGACCCACAAGAAAAAACAAUAAUUGUCAAAAUAUGAAUAACUACAGUCUUGACCAACACAAAUUAGGUAUUGUUUGAAAGCCUAUAAGCUCUACUUUUCAAUGCAUGCAGACAUUAUAACCAAAACUGAAAAAAUACUUUGAAAUUUUAUAUAUAAAAUUGCACUGUACAUAUUAUUGCUAUCAGUAAAAACAUCAGACUCAUCAAAUAGUCAUGUGUCAUAUGUUGUUGGAAAGCUCUCAAUGAGUACAAUACAACCAGCCUUUUUGUACUCUGAGACACAAAUAUAGCGAGUAAUAGCUAAGAGUCUCUGAAUGUAUCAUAAUCGGUCACACAUUUUUCUUUACAGUGAUACCAAACCCUUGAUCCUCCUUGUUUGUUUUUCUUCAAGUUAUAAGCCUUUAAUUUUUGGUAUGCCACUGAAUUAGGAAAUCUUUUAAAAACACAGGCAGAGCUUAAAGGGUUCAAAACAGUCCAAUACGUGAAAGGAUGUAAUUUGGGGUUAAAAGCCCCCUGUUGCAGGGCUUAAAGGCCCCUACAAAACACAUUGUUUUUCUUAAAUGGGGCAAAUUGAUUUGUUAUGAAAAUGUUCAAAAUGGGCUCACAUUCACUGAUCCAAUAACAAUGGAGAGUCAUUUGUGUAUAGAAUACUUGAGAUGUUAUGAAUUGCCAAAUGUGAUUGAAAUUAACAGGAAAUGGUGCACAUUUUCAUGUGGUUAAUUUGAAUAAGUAUUAUCUUAAUUUUCUACUCAAAAAAGCAUCUAGCAGUCUCAAAAAUAUUUGUCUAAUUUGACAAAUUGUGCCCUAUAGCUACUGCCCCAAUAUUUACACAAUGUAACUAUAACCUACCUGGGGCAUUUUUACGCCAAACUCAUCACCUUUUUUAAAAAAUAAUCAUUUUAAAGAAAACAACCUUUCAUUAGAACUUUUUCCUUGAGGUGUGCCUUUACCCCAUUGUACCCUACUGUAAAAUUUAAAAACUCUAGGACAUGUCAAGACUUCAGACCAUGUCGUUAUCUACUUCAUGACAAAUUGGCCAGUUUUGUGGCUCAAAUGGAUGUUUGUACAGUAUAUUUGGUUGUUAAGUGAGUUUGUUUUGAAUGUAUAGAAACAAUAUGUGAGCUCUAUAUUUCUGGUUAUUUGAUGUGUUUAAAUGUCAGGCGUGAUGUAAAGCUGCCAAUCUAGAAUGCUACAUUAGGCUGGUGUGAAGUUAGUUGGCAGAUAUUGGUUUGUCGUUAGCAUAAGGGAAAUUACAUACAUUAUGAGAGAGCUUUUCUCUGUAAUGUCAAAGAAAUGGCUCGUUUGAGCCUGCGAUGUUUGGUAUUACAUUUUUGACCAUUUUCUUUGCUCAGAAACCGGUUAUUUUUAUACCUACUUUAUUGUAGAAACUAUUUUAACCUCUUUUUGGAGAUAUUUUGCUUGAAGGGUGCUGUCACAUAUUUGAAUGGGAAAGAACUGUGAACUUGAACUGGAAAAAAAGAGCUUUCCAUGACUCAUCUUCAUCUCUGUACAAUACUAAUUUAGCUUGUUGUUGUCUCCAUAUUACUCUAUUUAUGUGAAAAUUGAUUUUUUUUUCACCAUACCUCCUUUUCUUUCUUUUCUUUUUUUUUUUGAAUAUUAAUUUAUUAUUUUUUUCAAGGUUAUAUCUCAAAGGUUUUCUCAGUUAAAAUCAUUGCGUAUGUUAACAUGUAACAUGUUGCAACAUAUGUCAUGUAACAUGUUGCAACAUAUGUUUGUUUCUUUUAUCUCAUAUCUUUUCCAGAAUAAAACAUAUGUGCAGACCACGUACUAUUAUAACAUGAUAGGCUGUAGAGAUAUUAAUAAGAGUCAUAAUAAUGCAAUGUUUUGUACAUAUACAAUUGUACAUUCCUGUUGUACUUUCACUAUAACAAUGCAUAUUGGAAUACAAAUUUGGUCAGUACAGGACUUCCGAUAAUGAUUUCAUAAAGCCUUUAGGGAAUAUAAGCCAUAUUAGCAAACAUUACCACUCAAAAUUCUAUUUUGUGUGAUUCCAAAAUUCAUCAAUUAUAUAGAUUAGGCAUACAUUUAUAGUUCAUAAUAAAUGUAUCAUUCAAAAAUGUAAUCUGUUUUGGGUAAAGUAACAAAAAAUUAUUUUAAUAAGCAUUAAAUGUACAAGAUAAAGCUGGCAAGUGCAGUGUCUUUUUGAUAGGGAUCCCCUACAAUAUUCUAUUUUUCACUGUAAAAUAUUACAAAUAAGGCUUGGCAUAUCAUACAUUGUUUCUAAUAAACGGAAAUACUAAAUCUAUACCAAAAAAUAUGCCUCUAAAUGUACUUCUAUCUGAAAGUUGCAUAAAGUGGUGAGGUAAAUUGGUAGUUGUGCCUUGUGAUUUGUAUUUAAAAGCACAUUAUUUUCCUUAUUGUUACUGUCGAUUUUAUCAAGCAGUGGGACCUCACCCCUUUAAAAUUUAAAAACUUUUAAGGAAUAUUCCGGGUUCAAUACAAGUCAACCUCAAUCAACAGCAUUUGUGGCAUAAUAUUGAUUACCACAAAACAUUAUUUUGACUUGCCCCUCCUUUUCUUAAAAAAAGAACAAUAGAAGUGAAUUUGGCCAAUCCGUAAACGUUAAAAUACUCACUAUUUCAAAAGUAUAGCCACAAGACAUAAUAUGCGUGUUAACGUGAUUUCAGUGUGAUGAAAUCACUUACUAACUUUUUAAAGUUAUAUCCGAUUUUACAACUUCGUUUUCACGAGGACGUAAUGUCACCAAACACUAAAACGACUGUAAAAAUGACAAUUUAAACAACAUUAGAAUUAAUGAACAGAAUAAUUUGUGUAAGUGUUUUUAUGGAAUUAUUACCUUCACAUUUCUGCCUUUAAACCCUCCAAAAAUUGGCCCCAUUCACUUCCAUUGUAUGUGCAUCACUAUAACCUCCAUUUUUGGAGUCAAAAUAAUUUUUUGUGGUAAUCAAUACUAUGUCACAAAUGCUGUUGACUGAGCUUGUAUUGAACCCGGAAUAUUCCUCCAUAUUUAGUUGUACUUCUUUAAUCCUUUAACUUAUUAUUAUAUUUCCUAAUGUGCCAUAAUGAAUAGCACAAUAUUUAUUAUGUCAUUCUUAUGGCAAGCUACUUUAAUGUGUCAGUUCAACUGACAAAAAUUGUGUUAUACAGUAGGAGUGUGGUUUGUUGUGAAAGUCUCUUUUUUGUUUAAAAUUCUCAUGAUUGACAGACAGUUGAUGUUGGAUGUAAAGUUGAAAUAAAUUAUUAGCUACUGCUGAAAUAUUAAUGGUGACAAUUUUUAAAGACUCAUAGAUAUUUGCUUUUUUUGGGGCAUUUCUACACUUGCAGCUAUGUUUAUGUAAAUGUGCUGCUAUAUAUCAAUAAAAUAGUU